AUGAAUGAAGGGCGUCGAACGAUAAUACAUUUGCUUGACGGGCAGAAAUUGGAAAUCGUGGUACAGCCAAGGCUGUUUGUUGAGGAGCUUCUGAACAUUGCAGCCAGCCAUGUAUCAUUGAAGGAUCCUGACAAACAGUAUUUUGGAAUCGCCUAUGUUGAUGAAUUGUUUUUUGUCGAUUCUGUUGUAGCACUGUAUCAUCCGUCCACAGUAGAGCUUUAUUUCUAUGAUACUCAAGCGCAAUUGUGCAGGAGCACUUUGGAGCUGCGUGAUUUGGAAUAUUACAAAGCUGUUGCGUAUUUCCUACAAAUUUUUGAUGGGGAUUUUACCACUGAAGAACGAGCGCGAUCUCUUCUAAGUGCAAUAAAAAUGCCAAAGCAUUUUGUAAAACUUUAUGGUGUGUCUAGUUAUACCUGUGAGGACAAUAUCCUUGCUGUUUACAAGGAAAUAGUUGGUACUCCAAGAGGGGACGCUAUCUUAAAGUUUAUGCAAAUUGCUGAGCGUUCUCCCACUUAUGGAAGUCACUUUUAUCAAGCUCGUGAUAAAGCCGGGACACCUUGGGCAGUGGCGAUUAAUAGUCGUGGGAUUUAUCAGUAUAACAUGAACGAUUUAUCAAAACCCAAAAAGGCGUUCAACUGGAGGUUUCUCGACAAUCUUUAUUAUAGAGAUAGGAAGUUCACAAUUGAAGUACGGGAUUACCAACGACAUUUAAGGGUGUCACGGUCAUCUGGCGAUCUGAACAGCAUUUUUGGUGAAGAUUUAGACUCCGAAGACGAACUGGCGAAGGCAGCGUUUGACCCAACGACAAAUUUGUCUGUAACGCGAAGAGCAGCUCCCUCCUCAGUUCACGUCCACGUCUUCUUCUGCGAAUCUGCUUUUGUGUGUAAGACACUUUGGUCGGCAGCGAUUGCGCAACACCAGUUUUAUUUAGAUCAGCGCGCAAAUUUCAGCUCGAAGGUAUGUUAG